AGCUGAAUAUUCUUCUGGAGCCCUUGGAGGGGCUCCAAACUGAGAGGGGAGGGAAGGCCGCAGGGAAAGGCGGACCUCAGUGUCUGAAAAGCCAGCUUAGAGUGGGAGGGCCUGGGAGUAGAAGGUAAAAAGGGAGUGGUGAGAAUGAAUGUGAGAAGGAAGCCAGGACAGCGCAGUCCCCAGUCCCGAACGGCCAGGGAGAGGAGGUGGCCUAGCGCUGGCGGGGCUCACCCCAAUCCGUCUGCCUUUUGAUGCCGGACUGUAAGCUCCGUCCAUCUCUGCUAGUUGCGCUGCCACCUCGGGAUACUGCACACGGAGAGGAGGGAAAAUAAGCGAGGCACCGCCGCACCACGCGGGAGACCUACGGAGACCCACAGCGCCCGAGCCCUGGAAGAGCACUACUGGAUGUCAGCGGAGAGAUGGCUUUGAGCUCAGCCUGGCGCUCGGUCCUGCCUCUGUGGCUCCUCUGGAGCGCUGCCUGCUCCCGCGCCGCGUCCGGGGACGACAACGCUUUUCCUUUUGACAUUGAAGGGAGCUCAGCGGUUGGCAGGCAAGACCCGCCUGAGACGAGCGAGCCCCGCGUGGCUCUGGGACGCCUGCCGCCUGCGGCCGAGAAAUGCAAUGCUGGAUUCUUUCACACCCUGUCGGGAGAAUGUGUGCCCUGCGACUGUAAUGGCAAUUCCAACGAGUGUUUGGACGGCUCAGGAUACUGUGUGCACUGCCAGCGGAACACAACAGGAGAGCACUGUGAAAAGUGUCUGGAUGGUUAUAUCGGAGAUUCCAUCAGGGGAGCACCCCAAUUCUGCCAGCCGUGCCCCUGUCCCCUGCCCCACUUGGCCAAUUUUGCAGAAUCCUGCUACAGGAAAAAUGGAGCUGUUCGGUGCAUUUGUAACGAAAAUUAUGCUGGACCUAACUGUGAAAGAUGUGCUCCCGGUUACUAUGGAAACCCCUUACUCAUUGGAAGCACCUGUAAGAAAUGUGACUGCAGUGGAAAUUCAGAUCCCAACCUGAUCUUUGAAGAUUGUGAUGAAGUCACUGGCCAGUGUAGGAAUUGCUUACACAACACCACCGGAUUCAAGUGUGAACAUUGCGCUCCUGGCUACUAUGGGGACGCCAGGAUAGCCAAGAACUGUGCAGUGUGCAACUGCGGGGGAGGCCCAUGUGACAGUGUAACCGGAGAAUGCUUGGAAGAAGGUUUUGAACCCCCUACAGGCUGUGAUAAGUGCGUCUGGGACCUGACUGAUGACCUGCGGUUAGCAGCGCUCUCCAUUGAGGAAGGCAAAUCCGGGGUGCUGAGCGUAUCCUCUGGGGCCGCCGCUCAUAGGCACGUGAAUGAAAUCAACGCCACCAUCUACCUCCUCAAAACAAAAUUGUCAGAAAGAGAAAACCAAUACGCCCUAAGAAAGAUACAAAUCAACAAUGCUGAGAACACAAUGAAAAGCCUUCUGUCUGACGUAGAGGAAUUAGUUGAAAAGGAAAAUCAAGCCUCCAGAAAAGGGCAACUUGUUCAGAAGGAAAGCAUGGACACCAUUAACCACGCAAGUCAGCUGGUAGAGCAAGCCCAUGAUAUGAGGGAUAAAAUCCAAGAGAUCAACAACAAGAUGCUCUAUUAUGGGGAAGAGCAUGAACUUAGCCCCAAGGAAAUCUCUGAGAAGCUGGUGUUGGCCCAGAAGAUGCUUGAAGAGAUUAGAAGCCGUCAACCAUUUUUCACCCAACGGGAGCUCGUGGAUGAGGAGGCAGAUGAGGCUUACGAACUACUGAGCCAGGCUGAGAGCUGGCAGCGGCUGCACAAUGAGACCCGCACUCUGUUUCCUGUCGUCCUGGAGCAGCUGGAUGACUACAACGCUAAGUUGUCAGAUCUCCAGGAAGCACUUGACCAGGCCCUUAACCAUGUCAGGGAUGCCGAAGACACGAACAGGGCCACAGCAGCCAGGCAGCGGGACCAUGAGAAACAACAGGAAAGAGUGAGGGAACAAAUGGAAGUGGUGAACAUGUCUCUGAGCACAUCUGCGGACUCUCUCACAACACCUCGUCUAACUCUUUCAGAACUUGAUGACAUAAUAAAGAAUGCAUCAGGGAUUUAUGCAGAAAUAGAUGGAGCCAAAAGUGAACUACAAGUAAAACUAUCUAACCUAAGUAACCUCAGCCAUGAUUUAGUCCAAGAAGCUAUUGACCAUGCACAGGACCUUCAACAAGAAGCUAAUGAAUUGAGCAGGAAGUUGCACAGUUCAGAUAUGAACGGGCUGGUACAGAAGGCUUUGGAUGCAUCAAAUGUCUAUGAAAAUAUUGUUAAUUAUGUUAGUGAAGCCAAUGAAACAGCAGAAUUUGCUUUGAACACCACUGACCGAAUUUAUGAUGCGGUGAGUGGGAUUGAUACUCAAAUCAUUUACCAUAAAGAUGAAAGUGAGAACCUCCUCAAUCAAGCCAGAGAACUGCAAGCAAAGGCAGAGUCUAGCAGUGAUGAAGCAGUGGCUGACACUAGCAGGCGUGUGGGUGGAGCCCUAGCAAGGAAAAGUGCCCUUAAAACCAGACUCAGUGAUGCCGUUAAGCAACUACAAGCAGCAGAGAGAGGGGAUGCCCAGCAGCGCCUGGGGCAGUCUAGACUGAUCACCGAGGAAGCCAACAGGACGACGAUGCAGGUGCAGCAGGCCACUGCCCCCAUGGCCAACAAUCUAACCAACUGGUCACAGAAUCUUCAACAUUUUGACUCUUCUGCCUACAACACUGCAGUGAACUCUGCUAGGGAUGCAGUAAGAAAUCUGACCGAGGUUGUCCCUCAGCUCCUGGAUCAGCUUCGUACGGUUGAGCAGAAGCGACCUGCAAGCAACGUUUCUGCCAGCAUCCAGAGGAUCCGAGAGCUCAUUGCUCAGACCAGAAGUGUUGCCAGCAAGAUCCAAGUCUCCAUGAUGUUUGAUGGCCAGUCAGCUGUGGAAGUGCACUCGAGAACCAGUAUGGAUGACUUAAAGGCCUUCACGUCUCUGAGCCUGUACAUGAAACCCCCUGUGAAGCGGCCGGAACUGACCGAGACUGCGGAUCAGUUUAUCCUGUACCUCGGAAGCAAAAACGCCAAAAAAGAGUAUAUGGGUCUUGCAAUCAAAAAUGAUAACCUGGUAUACGUCUAUAAUUUGGGAACUAAAGAUGUGGAGAUUCCCCUGGACUCCAAGCCCGUCAGUUCCUGGCCUGCUUACUUCAGCAUUGUCAAGAUUGAAAGGGUGGGAAAACAUGGAAAGGUGUUUUUAACAGUCCCGAGUCUAAGUAGCACAGCAGAGGAAAAGUUCAUUAAAAAGGGGGAAUUUUUGGGAGAUGACUCUCUGCUGGACCUGGACCCUGAGGACACAGUGUUUUAUGUUGGUGGAGUGCCUUCCAACUUCAAGCUCCCUACCAGCUUAAACCUACCUGGCUUUGUUGGCUGCCUGGAACUGGCCACUUUGAAUAAUGAUGUGAUCAGCUUGUACAACUUUAAGCACAUCUAUAAUAUGGACCCCUCCACAUCAGUGCCAUGUGCCCGAGAUAAGCUGGCCUUCACUCAGAGUCGGGCUGCCAGUUACUUCUUCGAUGGCUCCGGUUAUGCCGUGGUGAGAGACAUCACAAGGAGAGGGAAAUUUGGUCAGGUGACUCGCUUUGACAUAGAAGUUCGAACACCAGCUGACAACGGCCUUAUUCUCCUGAUGGUCAAUGGAAGUAUGUUUUUCAGACUGGAAAUGCGCAAUGGUUACCUACAUGUGUUCUAUGAUUUUGGAUUCAGCAGUGGCCCUGUGCAUCUUGAAGAUACGUUAAAGAAAGCUCAAAUUAAUGAUGCAAAAUACCAUGAGAUCUCAAUCAUUUACCACAAUGAUAAGAAGAUGAUCUUGGUAGUUGACAGAAGGCAUGUCAAGAGCAUGGAUAAUGAAAAGAUGAAAAUACCUUUUACAGAUAUAUACAUUGGAGGAGCUCCUCCAGAAAUCUUACAAUCCAGGGCCCUCAGAGCACACCUUCCCCUAGAUAUCAACUUCAGAGGAUGCAUGAAGGGCUUCCAGUUCCAAAAGAAGGACUUCAAUUUACUGGAGCAGACAGAAACCCUGGGAGUUGGUUAUGGUUGCCCAGAAGACUCACUUAUAUCUCGCAGAGCAUAUUUCAAUGGACAGAGCUUCAUUGCUUCAAUUCAGAAAAUAUCUUUCUUUGAUGGCUUUGAAGGAGGUUUUAAUUUCCGAACAUUACAACCAAAUGGGUUACUAUUCUAUUAUGCUUCAGGGUCAGACGUGUUCUCCAUCUCACUGGAUAAUGGUACUGUCGUCAUGGAUGUAAAGGGAAUCAAAGUUCAGUCAGUAGAUAAGCAGUACAAUGAUGGGCUGUCCCACUUCGUCAUUAGCUCUGUCUCACCCACAAGAUAUGAACUGAUAGUAGAUAAAAGCAGAGUUGGGAGUAAGAAUCCUACCAAAGGGAAAACAGAACAGACACAAGCAAGUGAAAAGAAGUUUUACUUCGGUGGCUCACCAAUCAGUGCUCAGUAUGCUAAUUUCACUGGCUGCAUAAGUAAUGCCUACUUUACCAGGGUGGAUAGAGAUGUGGAGGUUGAAGAUUUCCAACGGUAUACUGAAAAGGUCCACACUUCUCUUUAUGAGUGUCCCAUUGAGUCUUCACCAUUGUUUCUCCUCCAUAAAAAAGGAAAAAAUUUAUCCAAGCCUAAAGCAAGUCAGAAUAAAAAGGGAGGGAAAAGUAAAGAUGCACCUUCAUGGGAUCCUGUUGCCCUGAAACUCCCAGAGUGGAAUACUCCAAGAAACUCUCAUUGCCACCUUUCCAACAGCCCUAGAGCAAUAGAGCACGCCUAUCAAUAUGGAGGAACAGCCAACAGCCGCCAAGAGUUUGAACACUUAAAAGGAGAUUUUGGUGCAAAAUCUCAGUUUUCCAUUCGUCUGAGAACUCGUUCCUCCCAUGGUAUGAUCUUCUAUGUCUCAGAUCAAGAAGAGAAUGACUUCAUGACUCUAUUUUUGGCCCAUGGCCGCUUGGUUUACAUGUUUAAUGUUGGUCACAAGAAACUGAAGAUUAGAAGCCAGGAGAAAUACAAUGAUGGCCUGUGGCAUGAUGUGAUAUUUAUUCGAGAAAGGAGCAGUGGCCGACUGGUAAUUGAUGGUCUUCGAGUCCUAGAAGAAAGUCUUCCUCCUACUGAAGCUACCUGGAAAAUCAAGGGUCCCAUUUAUUUGGGAGGUGUGGCUCCUGGAAAGGCUGUGAAAAAUGUUCAGAUUAACUCCAUCUACAGUUUUAGUGGCUGUCUCAGCAAUCUCCAGCUCAAUGGGGCCUCCAUCACCUCUGCUUCUCAGACAUUCAGUGUGACCCCUUGCUUUGAAGGCCCCAUGGAAACAGGAACUUACUUUUCAACAGAAGGAGGAUACGUGGUUCUAGAUGAAUCUUUCAAUAUUGGAUUGAAGUUUGAAAUUGCAUUUGAAGUCCGUCCCAGAAGCAGUUCCGGAACCCUGGUCCACGGCCACAGUGUCAAUGGGGAGUACCUAAAUGUUCACAUGAAAAAUGGACAGGUCAUAGUGAAAGUCAAUAAUGGCAUCAGAGAUUUUUCCACCUCAGUAACACCCAAGCAGAGUCUCUGUGAUGGCAGAUGGCACAGAAUUACAGUUAUUAGAGAUUCUAAUGUGGUUCAGUUGGAUGUGGACUCUGAAGUGAACCACGUGGUUGGACCCCUGAAUCCAAAACCAAUUGAUCACAGGGAGCCUGUGUUUGUUGGAGGUGUUCCAGAAUCUCUACUGACACCACGCUUGGCCCCCAGCAAACCCUUCACAGGCUGCAUACGCCACUUUGUGAUUGAUGGACACCCAGUGAGCUUCAGUAAAGCAGCCCUGGUCAGCGGCGCCGUAAGCAUCAACUCCUGUCCAGCAGCCUGACACGACAGAGCACAGCUGCCCAAAUACAAAGUUCUUUAGAGCACUGAAAGAAACACAAAGCCAGCCAGGAGGAACAGUAACACUUCCUUCUGGUGGAAGCUUUCAUCGAGUUGAACAGGACUUAAACGAAUCAUCAGGGACCGGAUAUUUCUUAUUUCUCAUUUGGAUUCUUAACCUUGAGUCCAAAGUGUCUGCAAUGGACAACAAUUGAAGGAGUGGCAAACUUACUUGUAUUGAGAGCACACGCAAUUCCUACUGGUGAAAUUACUGUUUCUGUUCUAAUAAAAUAGAAGGGAUUCCAAAUAAACACUUGCACACA